CCAGUCAGGUCCAAGGCGUCGUCCUGCUCACACCUCCUGCACCCGCUGCUUGGCCGCACUCCUUCCUCUCUGCCUGCCUUCCUGAGCCGCCGGGCCCGCUGACGCUCCUCCCGCUGCGCUUUUGACGAUCUCCGCAUCCCACGGCAGAACCGCGGACGAACGUGACAGAAGAGCAAGAGAACGGGACACGAUGGCAUUUGUCAAGCAAGCGAUGAUCGCCGUGACGGCGGCUGUCAUCUUCGCGCUCGUGUAUGGAGAAGGGGUUGACCCCAACUGCCUCGGGUGCCUGUGCGAGGCCUCCUCCCAGUGCAACGCCACCACGGCCUGCCACACGCCCUACCCAGGGGCAUACUUCUGCGGGCCCUUCCUCAUCUCAUGGGCAUACUGGGCCGACGCAGAUAAGCCAAUCAUUGCAGGCGACAACCCGGAACAUAAGGGAGCCUUCGAGCGCUGCGUGCAGGACCUGUACUGCGGAGCCGAGACCGUCCGCCGCUACAUGGCUAAAUUCCUCAAGACCGACUGCAACUUCGACGAGACGGUGGACUGCCUCGACUACGCCCACAUUCACAUAAUGGGCGGGUACGGGUGUAAAGAUCCGUCUGUCAAAACCACCGAGUUCUAUAAAAAAUUCGAAAAGUGUUGGGAUGUAGUUAGCGCCGCUUCUCCUGCAAAUGCUACGUAGAUUAAAAAAAAGGCAUUAUAUAAAUAUAUAUAUAUAUAGUGAUAUGGUUUUUAAAAAAUCGCAAAAAAUAUUACGCCUGUCUCCCCUUUGACACGUCGUAUCUUGUGAGCUGAUUCGUUUUGAAAUCCAAUUUUGUUUUGUU